GUUUAUCAUGGCCGCCUUGAAGACGUCUCGGAGACUCAGGAAUUCAUGGCAGCUGCUUAUCGUAGCCGUCUUGUUCAGCGCUGGCUCCACAGUUACUGCGGAAACUACAGAAAUAGACGAGAGUAGCAAGAAGCAAUGGGGAUAUAUUUUAUAGCACCUGUGACUUCAAGGUUGUUGGAAUCUUUUUCUUCCCUGAUCAGUCAACUCCAGUCAUCUUGAUUAGAAGACAGAUGUAUUAUUACAGAUGUAUCGAUACAGACGGGUGAUCCUACAGCCAAGCGGGUCAGGAGCAGAGUCGCACCCAAAGUUAGGUCUAUCUGCAACACCCACAGAACCUCUGAGCACGCUGGAUGUAGUUUCUAGUAAUAGUACGUCUAUAAACAUCACAAGUUUGCCGAUUGUACCUAAAAAUGAAAGUGAAAAUGAAGGCAAUAUAUCCACCUCUGUUGCUACUGCUGUUACUACUAGCACCAACAUAAUUCCUUCUAAAAAGGUUACACCAACACCAGAAAAAAGUACAAGAAAAUUGGCAGAUGUCAGCACGACACAAGUGGUGGGUAAGAACGUAAUGUCUGUUACUGCUGCCUUCAUCACCAAGCUUCUAAAACUUAAGACAACUACUGAAGCUGAGCCAACUGUAGAAGAAAACCUUAUAUUUGACAGCAAAUACACUUUCAUUACCACCUUGCCAUCUGCCAAAGAAUCAGAGAAUGAGGUUGAUGAUGACUAUCUACCUGAAAAUGGAGACUAUGAAGGAACGAGUAAGGAGAACUGGUCAAAAGAGGACAUUCUGAAACCAGCUAUUAGUAACAAGGAUCCCAUUGAUCCUGAUUAUGAUGAAAAUCCCAUUGACUUUGAACUGAAAACCAAUGAAGAUUCAGAUGCUGAUGAAGACAGUCACUUCUUCUUGCACUUGGUUGUAAUAGUAGCAGUUAUUGCAACAGUGUACAUUGCCUACUAUAACAAACGAAAGAUAUAUCUUUUAAUACAGAGAAGAAGAUGGCAAAAUGGUCUUUGCUCCAAGAACACAGGGUACCGUCGCUUGGACCAGAAUGUGAAUGAAGCAAUGCCUUCCUUAAGAAACUCCAACAAUUAUGUAUUUUGAAGAACUUCCAGCAUUCCUAUGCCUUUUUAUGCCUUUUUCAGCACCAGGAAUAUUUUACUUGAUUGUGUAGUUAAGAUUAAAGAUUUUUUUUAAUAACCA